UUUAUAAGGCGCCCGGAGGCCAGACUGCCCUCAGUUAGCGACCCGACCCCAACCUGGCUGCGGAGCUGAGGUGGGGAGGGCGCAAGAGCUACCGAGUGCGUCGCCGGAGCCGUUUCUAUUCGGAGUCUUCAGAGAUCCAGAGUCCACCGCCGGGGCGGACUCGUUGACGCCUAUCGUUCCCGUCUGAGCUUCGGAACGUGGGUUGGGGCUCACUCUGUCACCUCCGCGCCAGCCCUGGGAAGGUGAGGCAGGAUGGAGUUCAAACUGGAGGCUCACCGCAUCGUCAGCAUCUCCCUGGGCAAGAUCUACAACUCGCGGGUCCAGCGCGGCGGCAUCAAGCUGCACAAGAACCUCCUGGUCUCGUUGGUGCUCCGCAGCGCCCGCCAGGUCUACCUGAGCGACCCGUGCCCCGGCCUCUACUUGGCCGGUCACCCGGGGGCUCCGGCGCUGCCGCAGCAGGCUGGGGAGUCGGUGGCCGGGCCACCCGCGGGCUGGGGGGAGCCACCUCCGCCGGCCGCCUGUGCCGCCUGGCCGGAGCCCGAGCCCCAGAUGGAGCUCCCUGCCGUCCCAGAAGUGCCACGGGAGGGUGACGCGGAGCCUCCGGCCACGGUGACGGGCGCCGGGGACACCCUUCAGGGCGGAGAGGCGGAGGCGGCGGAAGCUGCCUGGCGCCGCGUGGAGGGACCGCGAGAGACGGCGGUCGGAGGAGCCGGGGUUCCCGCCGGAGGCUCAGACGUCUUCCCCCAGGGACCUGGGGCAGCGCGCCGCCCCUGCGGCUGCCCCCCGGGGGACGAGGACAAGAUGAGCGCAUCUCCCCGCGUGGACGGCUGCCGCGCGCCGCGCCCCGCCGGGCCCGAGCCCCCCGUGCCGCCCCCCGUCUGCCCCAGGAAGCGCGGCGCGGAGGGGGUGGGCGGCGGCCCCGCGGACUGCCCGGCUCCCGGCUCGACCCCGCUCAAGAAACCCCGCCGGAACUCAGAAGAGCAGCCGGGCGGGGCGGCGGCGGGGGCGGCCGCGGAGGAGGAGGAGGAGAUGGAGACCGGUAACGUGGCCAACCUCAUUAGCAUCUUCGGUUCCAGCUUCUCGGGACUUUUACGGAAAAGCCCCGGGGGCGGCCGGGAGGAAGCGGAGGGAGAGAAGAGCGGUCCGGAAGCCGCCGAGCCCGGGCAGAUCUGCUGCGAUAAGCCGGUGCUGAGAGACAUCAACCCUUGGAGCACUGCCAUCGUGGCCUUCUGAGCUCUCGGAUCCCCGAGCGGGAAGAGGUUGAGCAGCGGGCGUCCCGACGUGAGGGCUGGGCCUCUCCGGCUGCGAGGACGCCCCAGAGGCCGUCGGCGCCGAGCGUGAGGAGACCGGGUGCCGCCGGGCGGCACCGACUGCCCUCGGGCUUGGCGGCCGGCUGUGCGGAGCCUCUCGGGUCUCCUCUUGAGACUGGGGAGUGUGAGGCUUAUCGGAAGAGCACGAUCGUGGACUUUUGUGUCUGUGUGUGUCAGUUUGUGUCGUUGAAUUAGGACUACUUUGUGUCUCUGGAGUGCAUCCCCCCUUCCCCUGGGCUUGGGAGGUUGGGGGCAGACAGGGACUUUCCGCCGCCGGCAGCGCCGAGAAGGAAGCGGCGGGGAAGGCCGGGGCCGGGGAGUUCCCCGUUGGCUGGCGGGGGAGGAAGGGACUUCACACAGACCCCUCACGUGAAAGCUAGGACCGCACCGGGGCCAGGAGCGGCGCUUCCUCGCAGGAUUUCCUCACACUAGAGGCAUUUCGUCCGGACUAGGGGCUUGUGUGAUUUCUCUCCCUCCCCACCUUUCUCUCUCCCUGAAGAAACGUUUAUACUCUGUGAUCGCUCUGGGAAAGGGGAACGUUAGCGGUCCUUGUCUUCCCGACAGGGAAGAAGCUUGAUGAACUUCACGGCGGAGUUCAAGCUGGGAAGUACGGAGUUUAUAGAUAAAAGAUUUAUUUUUUAAAAGCUCUAGAUCAGACCUACUACACAGUGCUUUUAAAAACCGUUUAAGGAAACAAAGUUUACAGACAGAAGCCCUAAGUGGAAAGACCUUAUGGGUUUGUAGAUAGUGACUCCAGUCUUUGUUGUAUAAAGGUUGGGGGAGCUGACAAGGUUUUUGUACAGUAUUUUCUCCUUCGUUGUUUUGAUUUUUGUAUAAAAAUGUAACUUUACGUGUCUGACACGUAUUAAAUAUUUUGAAGCAAC